UCUUCGCACAUGCGCAUUUUCAGUUCCCAGCAGAAAACAUGUCUGCCCUCGACAUCAACGAUUUUAUCCAACAGAACAGAGCUCUGGCCGAGCAAGUAGAGACGUAUCGAGGCUAUUGGGAGAGCGACAAACACUGGCGGCCGAGGAGGGAUUUUAUUCUGCGAAACAUUAACGACUAUCCGUCACAAGCUAUGGACCAGCUCCUCUCCUUGUCCAUGGUGUGGGCCAACAACGUUUUCCUCGGCUGUCGUUACAGCGCACAGUUGCUGGACAAAGUGAAAGAAAUGGCUGAAGGCGUUGAAGUUGAAGAUGCGCCAGUUUUCAAGACGAGGGACGAGAUCAUGAAGCAGCAGAAGGCUCGAUGAUCGAGGCGGCUUAAAAACAUUUUUUUAGACAGCUUUUACAGAACAUAUUGCUCAUUUUUAAAGGGACACAUUACUGCUGUGGAGCUGGAUGUACCAUUUAGCUUCAUCAUUCUUUUACUCAUUGUUUUUGAUACUGUUUCAUAGAAUUAAAUCAACUCAAAGAUGAUGGUGUCUGUAUGUGUCCAGGAAAAAUGUUUAUAUACAACUUGUUUCAUCCAUUGCAUGUUAUUUUAAGAGAGACAAACGAUGGUUACGUCAAGAAAAAAAAGUUGUAUUGGUUAUUUUGGAGCAAGAUAGAUGGCGCUCUCUGCUAAAAAAUAUCACCGUUGGCUUGUUUUUAACUCAUGGCAGUAGGAUGAGGGUUGAAAUUCCAUCAGAUUAUUAAUUCUUUAAAUGCAACUGAGACAUUUCUGGAAAUUUCACUGCAAAUGAAAGAGUAUUUUAUAUCUCAUGGUCAUACAGUAUUGAGAAGAUGCUGUUGUGGGACCAUUAACUUGGAAUAUACAACUUCAUUUUUAACACCAGAAGUUCAAAACACAAAUUAGUGACAGACGAAGGACAAAAGAAAAUCUCAAAGUCUGAAAAAUGUGUUUUAUUAUGUUUAUACAGCAUUUUGUUAUAACUAUACACUUUUUUUUAAUUCACAAAAUUUCUUAUCCCUUCUGCUUUUUCGGGGUGAAGUAAAUCACUUGCCACAAUGUACAUGGUUACCAUUUCAGUGGAGAGCAUCUGACUGAUAUUCAUCCAGGCGUCACGCGGACAUGGAAUAAACAAAAAGCAGAUAUUGAAAAUAAAAAAAGAGACGGCUGAUAUGAGGAUUUCAAUCGACUGUGUUCCUAUGGAAACUGCCGUCACCUCCAGAUGGGCUUCAGCUCGGACUGCAGCUUUCCUCUGCGUGUCAGCUGCCAGAGAUCUUGAGAGGAAAA